AUGAAAAGAGCAAGGACGGCUCAGUCUCGGCGAAAAUUGCUUGUUCUCGGCCUCGGGUUGUCGACGGAACCUGUCUCGCUUCAGCCGUGGACUCGCUUCAGCCCGAACAGCACCCGAGUAACUCCGUUUCAGCCCGAACCACCCCGCCGUGAAAGGUCCGGUUCUCAGCUGCUUAUUUGGCCUUGCUUCCGUAGCACGGAGCUCGUCUCUGCCGUCUGUUCGGCCGCGGGUCUGCUCUGCGUAUCUGGGUUUGACUCGUCGCGGCGUGGGUGGUCGACCCUCGUCAGUCGUACCUUGAACUCGCCGGAAUCUGGAUCUUCAGUCGUCGUGGCUGUCUGCCUCGCGUCGCCGAAAAAAAAAGGGCUAACUCGCGGUCGCCGGCGUUCGCUGGCCUUCCCGCCGCCGGUGGUGUGUGUUGCUCUCGGGACUUGCUGCCGGAAGUCUGCUGAUGGCCGAGGAAGAUGA